AUGGCGCCUAAAUACUCAGGAGGAAGUAUAAGACAAUUGGUCCGAUGUCUCUCCGCCUUAAUUCAUGGAAAUUCAGCCAGCAAGCUGAUGUGGAUCUUCAAUCUCUACGACACCGAAGGCGAUGGAGUGAUUGAUAAGACAGAGAUGUUUAAGGUCGUCCAAUCUAUCUAUGAUCUACUUGGUAAACAUACCGACCCCCCAUACGAAGAAACAACUGUCAAAGAACAUACGGAAUAUGUCUUCAGUAAACUUGAUCUAAACCAAGAUGGCGUGAUCAGUCCCGAAGAAUUUUUAGAGGCUUGUCAAAACGUGAGUUCACGCUUUAACUCGUCUAAAAUCUAA